UUUGCCCUCGAUUUUACAACAUUUUUAAAGUUAUUGGUGUUAUAAUAUCUCCACACGGGCUUAAAAUACCUGGCACGGUAAAAGCUGCUAACAGAUUUUCUUCUCUCCCGCGUGUCUCUCUCUCUCUCUCUCUCUGUGCAGAUCGGCAAUGGCGGCUUCUAUACCACGAUCUUCCACGACUCCUCUUCCAUGGUAUAUUUGCAGUAGAUCCUCGCCCUCCAAUCGCAGGGCCUACUUAAUCGUCAAUACUCACUCUUGCUGGAAGCGGCUUUGCUUUUCUUCUCGAUGUUUAUCUGUUCUUCACGGAGUCGGUGGCAAGAAUUCGCGGUUCGUUGAAACGCAGAGUGUCAUGGAGGACUCUACUUUCGAAGUAGCAAUCAAAGAUCCAAGCACGCUACCGAGGCCUUUAUCGUCGACCGAGUUUUCUGUUUCCAGUGGAUCUCGCCUUCGUGUUGCCUACCAGGGGGUUCCUGGUGCAUACAGCGAGUCCGCCGCGGCGAAGGCGUACCCGAAUUGCGAGGCUGUUCCCUGCGAACAAUUUGAUGCUGCUUUUGAAGCUGUUGAACGGUGGAUCGUUGACAGAGCUGUCUUACCAAUUGAGAACUCUUUAGGUGGAAGCAUCCACAGAAACUAUGAUCUUCUGCUUCGCCAUAGGUUGCAUAUAGUUGGCGAGGUAAAAUUUGCAGUUCGCCAUUGUUUACUAGCCAAUCAUGGUGUUAAAAUCGAGGAACUGACGAGGGUUCUCAGUCACCCACAGGCUCUUGCUCAGUGUGAGAACACAUUAACAAGGCUAGGAUUGGUCAGAGAAGCAGUGGACGAUACUGCUGGUGCUGCAAAGCAUGUUGCUUUUCACAAAUUAAAAGAUGCAGGAGCUGUAGCUAGCUCAAUUGCCGCAGCAAUAUAUGGCUUGAACAUACUUGCUGAAGAUAUUCAGGAUGACUCUGACAAUGUAACUCGAUUUCUAAUGCUAGCAAGAGAGCCCAUAAUUCCAGGCACUGAUAGGCCAUUCAAGACAAGUAUAGUUUUCUCAUUAGAGGAGGGUCCGGGAAUUCUUUUCAAGGCACUUGCAGUUUUUGCUCUUCGUCAAAUCAACCUUACAAAGAUUGAAAGUCGACCCUUGCGGAACCAGCCCUUGCGAGCAUCUGAUGAUAACAAUAACGGAUCUUCAAAAUACUUCGACUAUCUUUUCUAUGUGGAUUUUGAAGCGUCGAUGGCUGAUCAAAAUGCCCAAAACGCCCUUAGGCAUCUAAAGGAGUUCGCUACAUUCUUGAGAGUGCUAGGAAGCUAUCCAGUGGACACUAGUAUGGCAUGAAAAGUUACACCAUCCAAUAGACUCGGGUAAUAUGGCAUUAAUCUAGCAUAGCCAUCGUCCUCAGUUCUCAACUUCCAAGAGGGAUCAUUAGUUGGCUUUCGAGGUAAGCCUGUGGCUCGUGGAAGCGUCUCUCUACAUAUAAAGAAUCUGGUGGAUUUCCCAUGAAAACUAGUAGAUAUUACUUAGUUCACACACAGGUUUAGUAUCUUUGAGCUAAUUAAAAUUAUUCAUUUACUCUACUAUUUUGUCUCGAGUGUGUGGGUAUCUGAGAGCUUAAAUCAAUUUUGUAUUCAAUUUUGGUUCGCAAAUUUUUGGUUAAUGUGUCGAACUCUAACAUGUUCUUGCUAAUUUAUUUGUUCAUUACUUCA